AAACAAGUGUUAUACCUGUUGUUGGAAAAGUUUGGGUUGACAGAAUGAAAGGUGUGAUAUUUCCCUUAAGAUUUUAGCAAUUGUUUUAAAAUGUUGGUAACAAAAUUCUAUGUAUGGCUUAAAAAAUCCUAUAGCACACUACAUAAUUAAUGGGCCUCAAGUUGAACAGCAUAGGUGAACCCAUUAAAAAAGGAAUAUGUCAAAUUUUUCCCCAUCUGUUCAUAUGAAAGAUGAUGUAAGCCACAGGUUGUUACUGUUCUCUAACUUGUUUAACCUAAAGAGCAUGUAAUCUUUGAUGCACAUAUACUUUUUAUGUACAUAUCCUUGCAGAGCAUUUCACAUUUUUAUAUUGGGAACAUUACAGACUUAUAUUUCUGGGAGCAGUCAAGCUUUGCAAAACCACAGCUCCUCAGUGUUUGGCUGAAACACUAAAUAAGCAGGUACUGUGUAUUCUAUUGGCAUGAAGUUAAAAGGUUUAUUCUGCACUACAGUUCAGGGAAGGGGUGGGGUAGAGAGUGCAGAAAAAGAGAAACUGAAAAAGUAGGUGGAGAGAGUCCGAAAUGCAGUGAAAUAAAAGUAAGUGUCACAGCGACAGUCUGCCCAAAUAUUUAUAUGUCAGUUGCUGACAGAGACUGGUAGAGGGGAAAGGCCAGAAAGAUAUAGAUUCAUGUUUACCUGGGAAAGAUAUAGAUUUCAUGUUUUACCUGGGAAAAAGGCUGUCUGUGUCUGCUUUCCACCUUUCUAUAUGAUAUGGCUUGCUGCUGUUGUUUGGCAAGGUGUGAGGCCAAGUAUAAUUCCUCAAAGGCUGAUGGGCUUUCCUAAAGCACUAAAUGGGUGGGUUGCUAUCUUUGUGAAACCCUGAACAAGUUCCCCUUAGGACAUCAAGACAAACUGCACAGGAUUUGGAGCUAGGACCCUAUCUACACAGAUUUCUUCUUCCAGUCUCUUGCAUCUUAAAGAACACAAAGAAUGUGGCUUUUUGAGAGAAUCCGUGGCACUGUAGACCACAGUAGUGGGCGCCAAGCAGGAGAUUCAGCCGACAAGCAGGCUAAGGGUGGAUCCUACAGCAAUGUGCUGACUCCAGACAAGAUCCCAGACUUCUUCAUUCCUCCCAAACUCAGUAGUGUCCCAGCAGAGGGUGGAGGGGCAGAGGGAGUUUCAUCAGGAGAUGGGACUUCUUCUAAACCUAACCUGGGGUCAUCUGCUUCUGAACAGAACCUUUCAAGCCGACGCCCUCAGCGCAGUCCCCGUCUUCCUACGAAAGCUGCUUCAGAGAGCCGCAAUCUACUAAAAGCUGCCAACCGCCACAUUAUUCAAAUAGAGAGUGCAGAUGAGUGGGCAUCAGAAGAGGACCUAGGCACAAAUGCAGAUCCUCAGUCCCAGACAGCCAUGUCUCUUCCAUAUGUUCCCAAAGCACAGACAUCAUAUGGUUUUGUAACUCUAAUGGAAAGUCCACACACCCGUCGAAAGGAGUCCCUCUUUCACAGUGAGCAAGGAUCACUCUCACCCUGCCCAUCUCAGUCAAGUUCUCCUAGUUCUCAAAGACGGAGUGGAACAGAUGGGGGUGGGGGAUCCCAGCUAAAUACUUCAGAUUUUGGCAUGUCUUUGAUGAAUCCCUACCGCUAUUUCAGUGGAGGUGAGAGUGAUACCUGUUCUUCAGCAGAGUCCUCACCCUUUAGCUCCCCACUGUUGUCCAGGUCAGUCUCUCUGCUCAAAAUAUUUACUCCAGACACUCAAUCUAAACUCAUGAAGCUCAAACACUCAGUUGCCCGUAACAGUUCACUUUCCACAGAUGAAUGUAGUUCUGCAGAUACCAGUCCAAGUAUGCCUAGAAGAAGACUGCGAAAUGCUAAAGGAGCUGGCAUUGGUAGUGGUCAGCAGGGAGUGCUUCCUCUGGACCUCUUGCAGAAGGAACACACUCUUGGACUCAGCAAAGGUGGUAGCAUGAGGUUGGUGGCAGAGUAUGACCCUACAAAUGCCAGGCUUAGAGUAAGGUUGAUUGCAGCAGAGCACCUUUUCGACAAACUUUGUGACCCCAAGGGGGUGAAUUGCUGUGUAGUUCUCUAUUUGAACCCAGGCAAGGUUCAUCGUCAGAGAAGUACCAUUAUCAAAAACAGCCGCAACCCAGUCUUCAAUGAAGAUUUCUUCUUUGAUGGGUUAGUUGCUGGAAGUGCUAAAAAGAUGUCACUAAAACUAAAGGUGCUGAACAAGGGAAGCAGUCUGAAACGGGACACACUGCUUGGGGAGAAGGAAGUCCCUCUAACGGUUUUGCUGCCCUUCCUUUGAGACUAGAAGACUAUAGAAUGGAGUGAUACGUGUGUGUGUGAGAGAGAGGGGACUUGCUGUUCUCUGCAUCUAAUGUGGCACUAGUAGUGCAAAGGAACAGCAAAGCAUACGCUGCAACUGUGUAAGGUCAAAGUGCGGGUUUCUGCAGAGAACUGCAUAUCAGUAACAAAAGACAGCUGCAUAUUUUGUUCUUAGCAAAAGCCUACACAUCUACAAAAAGAGACCUGCUUAGCAAAGAGCUUCCAGUAAUUUAUAAGAAAAGAAAACUUGAAAAGUAUCAUAAAUAAUACAAACAUGCAGAUCACGGCACAAAAAAUACAUUGAUUGUUUUUACAUUUAAGCAAGUCGUGGAUAACUGCAAAGUAUUGCACCUUUCAAUCUACAGAAACAUCGAGUCCUGUAGGUCUGUAUACAGACUACAAAUAGUAAAUACAACCAAGCUGAACUGAUGAGCAUUAGAGACAUGCUGUAGACCAUCACUGCAUACUACCUAAACCUGUUUAGUCUUAUGAACUUGGAAACAUUUUACUGCUCCUGCUGUUUGUGAAAAAUUUUCAAGGUAAACACUGAUUUGUACUCAGUCAAGAGAAAAUAAAUAUACAUUGCUUUUCGUUUAUCUCCAAACAGUGUGGUCAACGUAAGAAGCUUCAAGGCUAUGUCACUCAGGAACCAUCAGAUAAGUUACACAGUUUCCAGCAAAAGAGCAGCCACGGGUUUUGUGGCUUGAGGGCAAUCUAUCAAGAUCUGUUCUAUAUGGACAGGCACCUCAUUACCAGUACAUAGGCAGUAAUCAGUAAUUGCUUUUGUAACUUGUAAUUGUAAUAUAACCACAAACUGGAGGUCAUGUCACACACUGUGACAGUGACAUUUCUUGGGAAUUGUCUGCGAGAAUCAGAAAAACUAGGAGACUGCAUUGUCUCUUUCGGCAAUACACCCCAUGUUUCUCAGAGACACAGCACCUCUGCAGCCAACAGGGUAAAGUGCAGUUCCCACAAAAGGUAACCUGCUAAUGCAUACCUGAGUAUCUAUAGCAUAUUUAUAGCAUAAGUUGGAAAUCUGUGAAAUGCAAUAGUACCUAAGCUUGUAAAUGCCAGGCAGGUAUCAGUGUCUUGUAAUGGCCAAAGGCACCACCUCAACUUUGCAUAGCAUGAAAGAAUAUCAUUAACAUUUUAGAAGAUAUCUAGUUGUUAUAGUUUAUAUAUUCACAUGUUUAUAAUGUGAUAUCUUCUUAGCUAGGCAAUAUGAAUAAAGUGAUAUGACAUUUCUAUUCUCAAUCUUUCUUCAGUCCUGUUCAUGUCUGCUUUCCUAUCUCUUUUGUCUUUCCAUUUCUUAUUCUCAUUCAGCCCUAUCCAGUCUCGGUUUCUGUGACACAAAACAGAUGGCACUUGUCUUUAAUGUGUAAUAUGUUUAAAUAGCUUAUUUAUAGCCCAGCAAUAUCCUCUCCUCCCUCACCAAUUUAUAUGUAAAUAUAUUACGCAUGGUAUUUUUACUUAUCUGCAUGGAUGUCUCUUAGUUUUUGCUUUUCUCCCUUUGAAGAGGGAUUUUGUUUUUUUUCUGUUUUUUUUUCCUUAACAAGGGCAUAAAAUAAUUGUUUUUAUUCCAAGUCCUAGCCUAGUGGCAUGCAUGUCUGCAAGUAGGAUUAACCUGACAGCAAUUAGAAAGAGCACAAUUCUAGGAAACCAUUUUUCUGAGAACAACACUGUACUUUGGAUUUUUUAGAAUCAGCGUUCGAAGAAGUACAACUAAAGGUAAAUUAAUAGCGAAGGUGUCAUGUCUGAAAUAUCCAACUAAACUGCAAACCCCAUGACCCCAUAAGACUGGACAUCACUGGUAUUCAUGGAUGCAUUUGGGAGUGCAUUACUUCUUCUUCAGAGCUUAUUCAAAAGAUUCAAAAUCCUUUGUUCGAAAUAUUUUUAAGAUAAUUCCAAGACACCAAUUAAAAAAUAAAUCCAAGGUGUGCAUUUAUCAAAAGUGCCUUGUUUUAAAUAGGUCACCUUAAAGUUCAGAUAUCAUUUUUUUUGCAAGGAGAUUCUUACGGAGUUCUGGUACCAAACUGUUAAAUCGAAGAAAGUAUUUUUUGUGAUGCGAGUAAAAAGAGAUGUCUAUGGCCAUUAUGUAACAGGUGUCUGUUAGAUGACCAUGUUGUGGUACUGAUGUAGCAGCAGGGGUUCACAUAACUCAGGUAUAGGGCAUUAGUGUUCUAAACCAAGAGGAUGGCAAAAGCGAAACUCUAUCUAACUGAUCACUACUGAGAACUAGGGCAGGUAGGGCACCCUGACAUUUCCAAAAGAGUGAUAUGAUAAAGACAGCAGCACAGUGGGAGCCUUGACUAUAAAGGGCACAGCUAAUGCACAAUGUUAGUGUAUUUAUGCAAAACAUCUCCCCUAAGAUUUUGGAGGCGAUGGACCCUAAAAGAUUCUCUUUAAGGGUUUUAGCUUUAGAUUAGCUAAACACUAUGGAAUAAAUGAAACUAUUCCAGAAAUCAGUCCAGUGCAUCUACAUACAGAAUUUGAACAUGCAGAUAAUGAUGAAAAUUUAGGGGGCCAAAAAUAUUAGUCUUUAUAUAUAACUAAUAGUACUUUAAUAGUAAGCCUUCUAUUGCGAGCCUUUUCAAAUUGUAUGUCAUCCUCUUCCCCUGAACUCACCUAAGGUAGAUACCAUGACUUAUGAAAAUGAGUCUAGUGUAAGAGUGCAAUCUAUGGCCUAAAUUGUGAACCACAACUGACUGCCAAAGACAGGGAAUGCUGGUAGACCGCACCUUUAACAUUUGCAGAUUUUGCUAUUUUCACCUCUCUCCAAUUAAACCAUCCACUUUUAUUCACCCAGUCCUGUUUCUGCACAUUCCACAAUCCAGGCCCAGGGCUAAAUGAUCUAAUUAUCCUGUCCUGAUUUAUAUUGAUUAACCACUGCGCCUAUGUAAGUGGUUGCUUUGCAUCUGUACAAAGGUGCAAUUAUGUCUGAUUGAAAGCUCAGUGUUCUGAAAUACUAUCAAUUAUGGGGUGUUAGGGUACGGGAGCUUUUAGCUCAGUUUCCUUUUGUAUUACAUUAGUCCAUGCUUGAUGCUAAUUUGAUACCUAUUUUUAUCACUCCUUUUGCCCAUUUACUUGUCAUGUUAGCAGCAGAAUUCUGUAGCUGCAAUUUGGCCCCAAAAGAUACUCUACACAUUUAUUUUUUAGUCUCAUUAAGUCAAUCGUCCUGUAGCUAAGUAGGUUGCUUUUUUGCUCUCAAACACAGUUCUUUUUUGCCUCCAUUAUUUCUCUCACCCACAUUUGCUGAUUAUUCUUUUACACCAAGAUAAAAUAAUUCAGUAGCUAAGGCAGGAAAAAGACUUCACUUUCUCUUUAUUGCAAUGCCAUCCUGAUAUGCUGAUUUAUUAACAAAGGUACUAUAUUCCACAAGAGCAGUUGCCAAUGGCAACCAAUCAGAUAUCGUCUUUCAUUUUACAAAUCAUAGUAGACUGUUCAAAAGCAAUUACUGAUUGGUUGCUAUUGGUAGCUGCACUUGUGCAAUUUAGAACCUAUGUAAAUCAACCUCACUGCUAUUUUUACAUAGUUGCAGUAAGACAGACUUUUUCACUGGAAAAUGACUUUGGUCAGAUGGUGCUUGUCAUGUUGGCUGCAAUCACACAUUCAGAAAUGACAUUCAGCUUCAGUUGGAUUUCUUUUGCUAGCAUAAUAGUGCCUAUAAACAAAAAAUCAUAGGGAUUUCAAGUUCACAGCCCUUUAGCUGUGAUGAACUGCAAAUAAUUGGAUUAGUGGGCUGGCACUUGUAAUUCACAACAGUGGAAGGACCACUGUUUUGUCUUCCCUUAAUACUACAGACUGGUUGCAAAAAUGUAAGCGUGCAUGCAAGCAGCUUUUGUGCACCAGCUUUCACACACUACCUGUAUCACAUAAUGUAAUUAACUUAGUCCAAAAUCCAAAGUUCCUUUGUCUAAUGUAAUUACCCCCAGUAAGUCACACAGGAGAUAGAAUAAGCAUAAGCGUUCUGUAAUGAAGGUCUCUAUUGCUUGUCAGUAGUUUACCACCCUCCCCUUCUUUAAUUUAUCACUGUCUUUUUCUAGCCUUUUGUAGAUCUGUCUGAUUUGUUAUAUAUGGAAUGGUUCAUUUUUGAAGAAGAGAAUAAAUAUAUACAAUAAUAUCAUGUAUUAAAAAUGUGUUUUGUUAAUAUUGAAUGAAAUGUUGAAUUUUCCUGUGCAAUAAAAAACCUAUUUCUAACACA